UACCCAGGGUAGGUGGCAGUAAUGCUGACGCUGGCAAGCAAACUGAAACGGGACGACAGUCUCAAAGGGUCCUGGACGCCAGCCACAGCCUCCGACUCCAUGCGGAGGGUGUCUGUGAGAGACAGGCUUCUCGUCAAAGAGGUUGCAGAACUUGAAGCUAACUUACCCUAUGAGGGUUACUACCAGGGUGGAAAAUUUCAGUUUGAAACUGAAGUUCCUGAUGCCUACAACAUGGUGCCCCCCAAAGUGAAAUGCUUGACCAAGAUCUGGCACCCCAACAUCACAGAGACAGGCGAAAUAUGUCUGAGUUUACUGAGAGAACAUUCGAUUGACGGCACUGGCUGGGCUCCCAUAAGGACGUUAAAGGAUGUUAUUUGGGGAUUAAACUCUUUGUUUACUGACCUUCUGAAUUUCGAUGACCCACUGAAUAUUGAAGCUGCCGAGCAUCAUUUGAGGGACAAGGAGGACUUCCAGAAUAAAGUUGAAGACUACAUUAAGCAUUAUGCCAGAUGAUAGCAGGAGAGACGCAGGACGCGGACUGUGUGUCAGAAGUGUGUCCGGCUCCCGCCAGAGGGCGCCUCCACCCCAGCCCUCGGCCCCCUCUGCCCACUGGGCCGUCCCGAGGAGGAACCUCUUCACGACCGCCCAUUGUAGUCGGGGUUCCGCAUAAACACAGCAAGAAAAUGUG